CCUUUUUACCUUCAUCCACCAAACUAUUCAAAGUCUUACACAAAAAUAAUGAUUUAAGAGAUAUACGUAACAUUAGUAGUGUUUAACUCAAUCUCUAUAGUCAAAAACAAGCUUGCAUUAUUAUUUGUUCCACUGUUAUUAGUCAAGCAAAAAAUUAAAUGGAAAAAAAGAAAGAAAGAAUAUUUAUAUGACUCCAUUCAAUUCACUCUUUUAUAGCAAUGACUACGAUAGCCUCUCAUCUUCUUUUUUUCUCUCCACCAUCUUUCUCUUAUCAACUUAAACUCACAAGUCUCCUCUCAUCUUCAUCAUAACCUAAAAACAAAAAAAACCUUAGAUUAUCAGAUCUUGAUAUCAUGGAUCCUAUUCUCGGCUUUAUGGGCACAACAAACAUGUCACAUAACACAAACCUUAUGAUCGCCGCCGCAGCCACAACCACCACCACCUCCUCGUCUUCCUCUUAUUCCUCCGGCGGCUCGGGGACUAACCAGCUGAGCAGGUACGAGAAUCAGAAGAGAAGAGAUUGGAACACUUUCGGACAAUAUCUCCGCAACCACCGUCCACCACUUUCUCUCUCCCGUUGUAGUGGUGCUCAUGUUCUUGAAUUCCUCAGGUACCUCGACCAAUUCGGCAAGACUAAGGUUCAUACACACCUAUGUCCGUUCUUCGGGCACCCAAACCCACCAGCACCAUGUGCCUGUCCACUACGACAAGCGUGGGGUAGCCUCGACGCACUCAUUGGUCGUCUUAGAGCCGCUUUUGAAGAGAACGGUGGUUCACCAGAGACGAACCCUUUUGGUGCACGAGCCGUUCGACUCUACCUAAGGGAAGUUCGUGACUCGCAGGCUAAAGCUCGUGGGAUUAGCUAUGAAAAGAAGAAGCGGAAGCGACCUCCCCCGCCGCUACCACCGGCUCAGCCGGCGAUUUCAAGUAGCCCUAAUUAGCACUAAGUCAUGAGAAAAAUGUUUCGAUGAACUUAUAUAGUAUUUGUCAAUGACGAACAUGCACGAGUUAUUUUAAAGAACAUGCCCUUUUUCUUCCUAAUCCUCCUCCUUUAUUUGGCAAGCUAAAGAAUUUUUAUGUUGUAUUGAAUAAAUUUGUAAUUCUUUUUGUUUGGCCUCACAUAAGUAUGGAAUAUGGAUUAGUAUAUUUUUAAUA